AUGCAUUUCGCAUACCCUCCGCGGAAGACAUCGAAUCCUCCGCUAUACCUCCCGCGCUCGUCCAACCUCCCGCGAUUCAGGCGGAGCCGUCUCCAGCUCAUCGCUCUCGCCGGGCUCGCCCUCAUCACCUUUAUAUACCUCGUCACCUGGGCGAGCCAUGGGCAUGGCGCAUACUCGCAGCACAGGCCGUCAGGAAAGCCGCCCGUUGUGCUGGUGACGGUGCUCGACGAGGUAAAGUACAGCAAAGCAUACAUAGAUGCGGUGAAGGAGAACAGGAUACAAUAUGCCGAAAGACACGGCUACCAGACUUUCUUCCCCAAGGUGGGCGAUUACGACCUGAAGAACGCGCCGGCAUCCUGGACGACUGUGGUGGCGAUGCGCCACGCGCUCACCAAGUUUCCGGACUGCAACUACGUCUGGCAUCUCGACCAGAAUUCGUUCGUGAUGAACCCGCGCCUCAAGAUUGAAGACCACGUGAUGAAGUCGUCUAGGUUGGAGAAGUUGAUGAUUAAGGAUCAUCCAGUCGUCCCUCCAGACAGCAUAAUCAAGACGUUCAGCCAUCUCAAGGGGCAGGAUGUCGACUUCGUCUUGACGCAGGACAAGGAAGGGCUGUCGUCUGGCAGCUACGUGCUCCGGAACGGAGACUGGGCAAAGUUCUUCUUGGAGACUUGGUUCGAUCCGCUCUACAGGAGCUACAACUUCCAGAAAGCCGAGACACAUGCGUUGGAACAUAUCGUGCAAUGGCAUCCCACUAUACUAGCGAAGCUGGCCCUCGUAAACCAGCGAACCAUCAAUUCAUACAGCAAGGCCAGCAAGGGAGCCGAAUACCAGGACGGGGAUAUUGCCAUUCGGUUUGUCGACUGCCAGGCACAAAAUUCGAUUGCCUGUGAAGUCGAGUCACAGAAAUUCGCCCAGAAGUGGCGGACGGCGUUCAAGAACUCAUGA